AUGAUUGCCGCUAGAAAUCUCGUUGCGCCCGCCCGCCAGUGUCUGCGGACACCACGUGUGGCCCCCAGCCUUGCGUCGCCUUUCACCCAGCUGCGUGGAUAUGCCUCUGCUGCCGAUGAGCGUGUCGCUAAGUUCAAGGGACAGAAGGGCGCUGAUGGAAAAUACACCGUGACUCUGAUCGAGGGUGAUGGUAUCGGUCCCGAAAUCUCCCAGUCCGUCAAGGACAUCUUCUCUGCCGCCAACGCGCCCAUCAAGUGGGAGCCCGUCGAUGUCACUCCCAUUCUGAAGGACGGAAAGACCGCCAUUCCCGACGAUGCCAUUGAGAGCGUCAGACGCAACUACGUCGCCCUGAAGGGUCCCCUCGCCACCCCCGUCGGAAAGGGACAUGUUUCUCUGAACCUCACUCUCCGUCGUACCUUCAACCUCUUCGCCAACGUCCGUCCCUGCCGCUCCAUCGCUGGCUACAAGACCCCCUACGAUAAUGUCGACACCGUCCUGAUCCGUGAGAACACCGAGGGUGAAUACUCCGGCAUUGAGCACGUCGUUGUCGAUGGCGUCGUCCAGAGCAUCAAGCUUAUCACCAAGGAGGCCUCCGAGCGCGUCCUCCGCUUCGCUUUCCAGUAUGCCCGUUCCAUCAACAAGAAGAAGGUCCGUGUUGUGCACAAGGCCACCAUCAUGAAGAUGUCCGACGGUCUUUUCCUCAACACCGCCCGCGAGAUCGCCAAGGACUUCCCCGAUGUGGAAUUCGACGCUGAGCUGCUGGACAACUCCUGCCUGAAGAUUGUCACCGACCCCACCCCCUACAACGACAAGGUGCUCGUCAUGCCCAACCUGUAUGGUGACAUUCUGUCCGACAUGUGCGCCGGUCUGAUCGGUGGUCUCGGUCUUACUCCCUCCGGUAACAUUGGUGACGAGUGCUCGAUCUUCGAGGCUGUCCACGGUUCCGCCCCUGACAUCGCCGGCAAGGGUCUUGCCAACCCUACUGCCCUUCUCCUCAGCAGUAUCAUGAUGCUGCAGCACAUGGGUCUCCAUGAGCACGCUGGUCGUAUCCAGAAGGCUAUCUUCGACACUCUCGCCGAAGGAAAGGCCCUUACCGGUGACCUGGGUGGCAAGGCUAAGACCUCCGAGUACGCUGAGGCCAUCAUGAAGAAGCUGUAA